AUGGAAUUAUCUGAAAACUCCUAAUCUAUUUCAGGAUGGCUAUAAGAUUAUGAUAAUUAGAUUGUUAAUCAAAUUAAUAAACCAAUAAAUUGUACAUUUUAUUCUUAAAUGCAUAGAAUUAGUAAUUAAUAAAUAGAAAUUCUCAAAGAGAAGUAUAAGUUUGUGUUAACACCAAUAGGAAUAAGAACAAUAAAAAUCAAGUAUUACAUAUAUAAUAUUAUUUGAUCUAUUUCUUUAAGUUAAAAAUUCAAAUUAGUUGCCAUUACAAAAUUAAAUAAUAAAUAACAACACUAAAAUAUAGGAGUUAAAGAGAAUUAUGGAAUUUUUGUAAGUAAAUGAAAAAUCAAAAUACGAUGCUUAUUAAUAAUAUUAACAAUAAGCUGAUAGUUAAUAAUAAGAAACUAUUCUAUAACCUAAAGGUUAAUUUAAGAUUAAAUUAAAGUAAAUAUAUUAUAUAAUUGAGUUCUUCUAAUAAAUAAAUAUUGUAACCAUAAUAAGAAAUUUAUCAUAUAAAUGCUUUAACUGAUAGACAAUUACAUUGUCAGAAUAAUAAUUUGAAUCAUAGAAGAGUUCAUUUAAAAACUGAUCAUCACUAAGAGUUUGUAAAAUCUUCAUCCAUUCACAAAAUAUUUAAUAUAAAGGAAGUCAAACCUAGAAUGACAAAGUAAAUGAAUGAGGCAUAGACUAAAUAAAAGGAAUUUGAAUUACUUUAAUUGAUGAUAGAGAGACACAAAGAAAAUGUAUAAUAAUAUUUCCCAAAAAAGAAUAGAUACUUAAGAUGA